AUGGCUGAUUAUUCACCAACACAAAUUGUUGAUAUGAUAUUAAUUUUAGGAGAAUGUCACAACAAUUUCGCUGCUGCAUCAAGACUUUAUGCUGUACGCUUUCCAGAUAGAAGACACCCUUCUGAUAUGACAAUAAAAACCUUAACUGAAAGAGCUCGCGAAGGGCACCUUGUUCGCCAACGCCGUCAUCAUGAUUAUGAAGAUAAUGAUGUUCGAACCUUAACAAUUCUCGCAGCUGUCCACUUAGAUCCGCACAUUAGUACUCGACAGAUUGAAAGAGAAACGGGUAUACCGCAAAGUACAGUUUCGAGAAUCUUAAGAUAUUUAAAUUAUCACGCUUACCACAUCACUCUAACGCAAGCCUUACAGCCGCGUCAUAUUUUAGCGCGAAUUAAUUUCUGCCAAUGGGCUUUGCAAACCAUACAAAGUGAUCCCUAUUUUUUUCGAUACUUACUUUUCUCCGACGAAGCUAAGUUUUAUAGCGACGGGCAGCUGAACAGACAUAACUGUCACUAUUGGUCACACGAAAAUCCUUACUGGUUUAGAGCUGUAGACCAUCAAAAUCGAUGGAGUCUCAUGAUCUGGUGCGGAAUCGUAAACGGAUAUCUUAUUGGACCUUACUUUUUUGAUCAAAAUGUUGACAGGCAUAGCUACUUAGCGUUGAUAAGGGACCAUUUACCCGGUCUCUUGGAAAAUGUUGACUUGGCAAUGCGACAAAGAAUGUGGCUUCAACAAGAUGGUGCUGCGCCUUAUUUUGCACGUAUUGUACAGGACUUUUUAAAUAAUCGUUAUGAUGGCAGGUGGAUUGGACGAGGAGGACCAAUUCAAUGGCCUGCUUCUUCGCCGAAUCUCACGUCACCCGACUUUUUCUUGUGGGGGUACGUGAAAAAUGUUGUUUUUGCACAACGGCCAACCUCGAGGGAGGAUAUGAUGGAACGAAUCCGUACAGCUUGCGCAGCCAUUCCUCGAGAAACAUUGCUCAGGACUGUGGACAGUUUUGAAAGACGUGUACGCAUGUGUCUUCAAGCCAACGGAGAAAACUUUGAACAAUUUAUCCGUGGUUAA